UUCUUCACGGCGCUGGCUAGCUACUACUUUCCUACGAGAGUGAUAUACACAAGGAAGAAGGUCAGAAAAGAGGAACAGUUGGGUACUCCAUGAAUAAAUUAGCUUAUUAAAAGCAUGGCAAGAGAAGUGUUGGAGCUGGAGCUGGAGCUGGAGAAGGGAACCAGCAAGAGUGCUACCACUUCAAGCCAGUCUCCGAGGGCAAGGUGCCCGCCUCCAUUCUUGUCAAAGACUUAUGAUUUGUUAGAAGGAGAAGAUGAUGAUGAUGAUCGUGGAAAGCUGAGAACUGUGUCGUGGAAUGCGGAGGGAACGGGGUUUGUAGUAUGGUCUCCGGCCGAGUUUUCGGAGCUCGUACUGCCUAAAUAUUUCAAACACAACAAUUUUUCUAGCUUCAUUCGCCAGCUGAAUACCUAUGGAUUCAAGAAGACAUGCUCCAAAAUAUGGGAAUUCAAGCACGAGAAGUUCCAGAAGGGGUGCAGGCAUAUGCUGGUGGAGAUCACCAGGAAGAAGUGCGAGCCAAGUGUCUUUCCAGCGUACCUGAAGGCUUCUGAAGAGAGCACGAUGACAGCAAUGGAGGAAAGCAAUCGUCUGCAACUCCUCAAGGAGAACGAGGUCUUAAAGAGAGAGAAUUUGGAACUGCAGAUGCAAAUAGCACAGUUCAAAGCACUAGAAAUAAAGUUGAUGGAUUACCUUGCACAAUACAUGAUGGGAAACAAACAGAACAAAGUUAGGAGGCUAUGUUAAUUUAGUGUCUAAGCUGAAUUAAUAAACAAAUGUUCAUUUGUAUUAUGGCCUUGGAUCUGUUUCAAUUCUCUUAUGGAAAAUGAAAACGGAAUCAAAUAUCAUAUAUCCUUAAGCUCAAUCAAUCGUUUUUUUUUC